GGAUAAGCAUGAUGCGCAAUUUAGGAGAGGCUCAUCUCAAUGCAGGAACAUUGAUAAGAGGUUAAUUACAUAGCAAUCAAUAUGGAACUCGGAAGCACCCGUAAUCAGCCAUGGCAGCGUCAAUUUUCAAACGCCUAGGGUUGUAUUAGACCUAUAGCGUGUACUGAUUCAGGCUUUUCCUCCGCAGGGGGGCUAACCUCAAAGCCGACACUACAACAAAUGGUUCCGCCGGGAUCCCGGGCCAUCUUCCCCCAGAUCGCCAGCUUUAAGCCGGCACUUCAUGCUCCACACGUCGGAAUAGGCAUGAAAUAACUUGGCAUGUGGAGGGCAUGGUUUGGGGAAGUUGGGGAACGCGGAAAUUUGGGUUUAUCUAUUUCGUCGUAGCGAAUCUACGAGAGAAUAUAUAUAUCCUCGAAUAUGAGCUGCUCCUGGAAUGGUGUUGCGUGCUUGUCAGUGCAUCGAAACUACUUGACGGAGUAAUUCGAAGACAUCGAACGCAAUGGCCUCUAGCAAGCUUGCCCUCGGCCUCGCGGUCCUAGGCCUCGCCGCCGCGCAGAAGCCUGGAAACACUGCUGAUGUCCAUCCCGAGUUGACAACUUACCGAUGCACCGUGGCUGGCGGUUGCAAGGAGUCGACCAACUACCUCGUCCUCGACUCAUCUGCUCAUUGGGUUCACCAAGACGGCAACAAUGCUGGCUGCGGUGACUGGGGAAACAAACCCAAUGAGACGGCUUGCCCUACUAAGGAGGCAUGCGCUCAAAACUGCAUUAUGGAGGGUCAAACCGACUACAAUAGCAUUGGUGUCAAGACUGAUGGCGCCUCGUUGAACAUGCAGCUAAUCGUUGGCGACAACGUUGUCUCUCCCCGUAUCUACCUCCUAGACGCGGCCAAGGAGAAGUACGAGCUGUUAAAACUCACCGGCGCCGAGGUCUCCUUCGACAUCGAAGCUAGCCAUCUGCCCUGCGGCAUGAACAGCGCUUUUUACCUCUCUGAGAUGUUGGCAGAUGGAGGUAAGAGUGAGCUGAACCCUGGCGGAGCUGCCUGGGGUACUGGAUACUGUGAUGCCCAGUGCUAUGUUACUCCUUUCAUCAACGGCGAGGGUAACGUUGACGGCAAGGGCGCUUGCUGCAAUGAGAUGGAUAUCUGGGAGGCCAACUCGCGUGCCAACCAAAUUGCACCUCACCCUUGCAACCAGACCGGACCUUACCUGUGCACAGGAGACGAGUGCAAGGCUGAUGGUGUCUGCGAUAAGAACGGUUGCGGUUGGAACCCUUACCGCCUUGAGCAGCCCAACUACUACGGAAGGGGAGCGGACUACACGGUAGACACGACCAAGCCAUUCACGGUCGUCACCCAGUUCCCCGCCGAUGAGGAGGGCAAGCUGAAGGAGAUCCACCGUCUGUACGUCCAAGGUGACAAGGUCAUCAAAGCCGAGGUAGUGAAGAAGACUGGUGUACCUGAGGUUUCAUUCACCAAUGAUGAAUACUGCGCUGCGACAGGCGCGACUAAGUUCCUAGACCUUGGCGCCCACGAGGAAAUGGGUGACGCUCUGACUCGAGGUAUGGUCUUGGCUUUCAGCAUCUGGUGGGAUGAAGGAGGGUACAUGUCGUGGCUUGACGGUGCCAAAGACGGUGCUGGCCCCUGCAACGCCACCGAAGGAAACCCCACGAACAUCCGUAAGAUCGAGGCGCACCCCGAGGUGACCUUUAGCAACCUGAAGUGGGGUGAGAUUGGAUCGACAUUCUCUGCUGCUUCGGCGCAAUAGAUGCUGUAGAAGGGAUAGACUUCUAUAGAUAUACCAUAGUGAAUAUAAUCAGUAGAUCUUG